AUGUCUUCGUCUGAUGCUGUCGCUCCUGCUGUGGCGCCCGCUGUAGCCCCCGCUGCCUCGUCCAAGGGGAUGCGAAAAAAUGGCAAGAAUUGGCACGAUACGAAAUCAGCAUUUCGCCCCAAUAAAGGGCAAACCUCGUAUGCCCAGCGGCUUGAGCAACGGAAGGCGAUGGCGGUGGUGAAAGAGCGGGAGAGGGAGAUGAAGGAGGAGAAAGAGGCAGAAAGACAGCGUCGCAUACAAGGAAUCAAAGAUAGACGGGCCGCCAAAGAAGAAAAGGAGCGGUAUGCGAAGAUGGCUGAGAAAAUGCACCAUAAGCGGAAUUUGGUGGAUGCUUGCUUAUUGUUACCGCAUGAAUGGUGUUUUGGAGUUACGGUUGAACACGUUGAUUUUUCUAAGAGGACUAAAAUCAAUACGUCCGUGAAAUACCCUUCAGGUUUCUAUUGUUUUAGAGACCUCUACGUAUAUCGAAAAGUCGUGUUUCUUGAAGGAGAAGUAAUCGUUGGUGCACAGUGCAGCGCCUCUCAAGCAAACAAAGAGAUCAACCUUGGAAUAGACGAGAAUGGUGAACACUAA